CUUUUAGGUCGACCUUAUAUAAGAUUAGGUCGACCUAAUAUGCACUUUUAGGUUGACCUUACAUAGGAUUAGGUCGACCUAAUAUGUCGUUUCAGUUUUGUGAGGUUCAACGACGCGAUUGACCUUUUAUAGCAAAUGGUCAACCUCUUGGGAAGCGCAUGGAUGGCAUGAAUGAUUACAUGGGCCAGAUUUCCACCCAGAUAACUGGCAUGUACGACUACAUGAGGCAAAUGACCACCCAGAUGAGCACACUGCAGGUGACCGUGAAUGAGAUGCGAGAUGAGUUUCGAUCUUUCAGUGGAAGAUACAUGCAUGUCACCGUAACUUCCGACUACCAUAAUGCUAGCAACACCAAUGAAGAAAAUGUGGAUGAGGGAGAGAGGGGACAGGAGUAGGAACUCGACGAUUUUAGAUUGUGUGUUUUUAUUGUUAAGUGUUAAAAACGAUUGUGGAUUGAUAUUAUGUGGUUUUAGAUUUUAGUUAUGUGUGAACAAUUAUGAUUUUUGUUUUAUUGUAUUUCUUGUUAGUUUGUUUAGUUGUUAUGUUAUGAAGUUAUGAGUCCUUGUGAUGUGAUCCCGUUCAGAAGCAAAUACCCGGCCAAGUAUGGAAAAUACCCGAGCGGGUAUUUUAGUAGGGCGACCGGGUAUUUUGGGGCUGUUACCAGGAAUUUGUUCAGAAGACAGUUAAUCUCACGGCCGUGAGAUCUGGGCGUGAGAUCUGGUUUUACUCCAAAUUUUGGGUUUCCUUGUUUUUUUUAUUUUUUAAUUUUCCAGACCUAUAUAAAGGUUGAGACUCAGG